AAAUUAAGACUGUUACGAGGAAGUCUGAUCCGGCAUUGAAUGCCAUCCGAGCUGGUUUUUCGAAUUAGAAACCGAAAAUUCAAAAAACAACACAACAAGACUUGAUUUUCAGUGGGAACCCAAACCACCAAAAUUAUCAUUCUCAUUUCUCACAAUUUCCAAUCAAGCGAAUUCCCCUCUUUUUUCGAAUCACUCUCUUCUUCAUCUCCAUAUCCAACUCGCUCAUGGAGGAAGGCAAACUCGCCGAUUCAACUCACUCGGUUCCUUUAGACGAAGUUGCACUGCAUCAUCAGGAAGAGGAUCUUGAAGAAGGAGCUAAAAAGUCGCCGGAAAUUUCCGCCGGAGAAAGCGUUAAUGGAUCGCCGGACGAAAAAUCAAAAACGCCGAAAUCGGUAAAGUGGAGCGAACAAUUGGUAUCUGAGUCUACUUAUACACCCUCAAUUGAACCCGAUACUUCGCCGAAAUCCUACUCUUCGUCUGGAUCUAACCCUUACGUUUCACAUUCGUCUGCUCCUUCUCCUCCCUCCGCUCCCUCUUUUAAAGAAAGAAUGGAUACAGUGAAAGAUGUGCUAGGAAGGUGGGGGAAGAAUGUGAAGGAUGCUGCUAAGAAAGCUGAGGAUUUUGCCGGCAAUACCUGGCAGCACUUGAAAACAAGUCCUAGUUUUGCUGACGCUGCUAUGGGGAGAAUUGUACAUAGCACUAAAGUUCUAGCUGAGGGAGGUUAUGAAAAAAUAUUCCGUCAAGCAUUUGACACAGUUCCUGAAGAACAGCUCCAGGAUUCUUAUGCAUGUUACUUGUCUACAUCUGCUGGCCCUGUGAUGGGAACAUUAUAUGUAUCUACAGCCAAGCUUGCUUUUUGUAGCGAUAAUCCCCUUCCAUACAAAAAUGGCGAUCAGACUGAAUGGAGUUACUAUAAGGUAAUUAUCCCUUUGCAUCAACUAAAAGCAGUCAACCCUUCUUCAAGUCGAGCAAAUGAAGCUGAGAAAUAUGUCCAGAUUAUAUCUGUUGACAAUCAUGAGUUUUGGUACAUGGGUUUCUUGAAUUAUGAUAAUGCUGUCAACAUUCUUCAAGGAGCCUUGCAAUCCAGGAAUUUGCAAUCUGUAUGAAACCUUCUUUUAAUGAUGAAGCUUCCUUGACAUUCAGCGAUGUGCUUUGAGUUUCCCAGAAACCUUGUUGGUAUGCCCUGGCACUACUGGAAUAGUAUCAGGGACCUGUCAUAAAUGGCUCUCCUCUUCUCCGGUCUCGUAGAUUCUGUUGCGCUCCUGGUCUUAGGUUUGACAUUAUAGUUUUAUGUGAUUCUUUCAGGAGAAUAGAAACUUUUAUAUACUACAUAUAUUACUUGUUCCAGUCCAGAUAGUUGUAAUUUUGCACUCUGCAACUUACCUGGCGAUAGUAAGAUUAGUGUUUGUUAGUUUUAACUGCUGCAUAUGUUGUGGUGCCUCACUGCUUGAGAGCUUGAAUUGGCAUCCUUUAAGGAAACUUGCUCCAGUAAUUGUAAGUUGUAAGAAGCUUGCCAACCCAAGUUCUCAAGCUUUCACAACCUUUAAGUUGUGAUCAAUAGAAGAAAUUGUACUGCUCUGUGGAAUUA